AACCGGAAGAAAAAGAUUUCUAGUCUAGCAAGUUAAAUACUCGUAUCGAAAAUAAUUAUAAGAUGGCUUUGAUGUAUGAAAAGGUUUAUACAUUUGUGUAAAUGCGGUUUAAUAAUUAAUGUAGACGUGUAUAUUUAUGAAAAGUUAGUUUUUGUAGUGGUAUUUGGCCCUUGUCUAAGUAACAGCAAGCUAGCAACGCUAACGCAACUAGCUAAGCAUAGCAAAGGCGAUUAGCUUCCUCUCAAAAUAUUCGACUCAAGGGUAUCAAACUAACUAGCAAGAGAAGAGACUGUUUCAAAACUGCAGCCGAAGACUAGUUUGACAAUUAUCAACGGAAAAGGGAGUUUAAUUUUGAGGGGCUAUCAUCAUGGCAGACUUUGACCAUGACCAACAGGAGCCUGCAGGACUUGAUGGCCUGCCAGCUAUGUACAGCAUAGUGAAGGGAGAGGUGGCUUCUGUCCAGACUUAUGGAGCCUUUGUCAAGAUUCCUGGCUACAGGAAGCAGGGUUUGGUCCAUAUCAGUGAGUUGUCGGCCUGCAGGGUUGAGAAUGUCUCUGAGGUAGUUGACGUGGGGGAGCAGGUGUGGAUCAAGGUCAUCGGGAGAGAGAUGCGUGAUGACAAGGUGAAGCUGUCCUUCUCAAUGAAAGCUGUCAAUCAGGGAACUGGAAAAGACCUGGACCCCAACAAUGUCAUGGCGGAGCAGGACGAGCGGAGGCGUAGAAAGUUCAAAGAUGGCACGGGACGAAGGAUCACGCUAGAGGCUGUACUGAACACCACCUGCAAGAAGUGUGGCUGCAAAGGACACUUUACUAAAGACUGUUUCUCGGCUCCGGGGCUGCAGUACGAGCUGAUACCUGAGGAGGGCAGCGAUGAGCCGCAGCUACAGAAAGAGCCUAUUAACCCUAACCUCAUCCCAAUAGCAGUCCGCAAAACCCAUCCUCCACAGGACCCGCACAAGAAGAAGAAGAAGGAGAAAAAAGAGAAAAAGGAGAAGAAGGUGAAGAAAAAGAGAAAGAGGGAGAGGAAGGAGUCUGACAGCGAGAGCUCUGGCAGCAGUGGACCAAGCAAGGCCAAGAGAGGGCGCCAUGAUGACAAAGAAGACAGGAAGAAGAAGAAACACAAGAAACACAAAUCUCACAAACACAGCUGAGACUGUUGUGAUGGAUAUGCACACAUUACAACACACACACACACACGGUUAUACUGUGAACACACACAAACGACACUGUAAACGCAUGUACAUGCACAGCAUAGACUUUGAUGGACAAAACUCUGUUGUCCGUGGUCCCUUAUUAACUUACUGUUUAAUGAAUGCUGAGCUGCAGAAACCUGAUUGGUGGGUGCAGUACGUCAGCAGCCCUGAACGGCUCAUUUUACACUAGUGCAUCUCUGUUCCCUGGAAGACUGAAAUGCUGCUGUAUUUUUUCUGUCAGCCGUGGCCACGGAUACAGAGUCUAAGCUCAUGCCCCACUCCUUCCAAAAAGUUUUGUCAGGGAUAAGGAUCCAGGCCAUGAUUGGCUAAACCAAUAAUUUAAUCAAACAUUUGUUUUCCAAAUAUGGCUGCUGUCCAUGUCCCCCUUCAAGUUUUUUACUCUCUUUCACCUUUUGGCCAGCCAAAUGUCCUAGGCAAAUACAUUCUCUAUCACUCUGUUCCAUAGCUAUAGUAUGCUGACAGCGUGGGGAGAGCAAAUAUCUGCGUGUAAUUCAGCAGCUAAGAAGGACCAUGAAAUGGCUACACUGCCUGAUUGUUCAGUGCUUAUUUUUGUAAUACCUGACAAAGUUUAUAAAAACACGUUUAAUGUAUUUUCUGUGAUUGUAAAUAGCUGCAUGUACCAUUCCCCCUGCACUGGGAACCUGGGAUGUACGACAUGGAGUUGGUAGGCGAUACCAGUGACAAACUAGAAACAGUCCAUCACGACUCUGGGAGUGGCAGCAGCCAUGUACAAAGUAACCCAAAUAAAACACAGAAAUCUGUCAUUUAAACUAUUGGUAUUCAAACCUGGACAUCAAAGCCAGAUCCAUUCAAUUCUUUCAUUGCAACCUUUUAAUCAGGGACUUAUUUUGACAAGGGACACCAGGUGGGUUCAUUUAAUGAUGAGGUAGAAGAGAAAACCAGCAGGCUCUGGACCUCAAAGGGUAAUAUUUGAUUGCCCCUGAUUUUAACCAUAGCCACUCAGUUUUUCUUCAGGUGACUGAUUAGUUAUCAGGUAGGAAACAAAUGCCAGAAAUGUUUGAUAAAUAGAAAAACAAGGCUGGCAGUGUGUGCUGUCUUGGUUCAUGAACUGUCUCUGGCAGCACAGGUCUUGGAUAAGCUUUUUUCAUCACCCUUUGACCAAUUCAACCUUACUGUUAGAAUGACUCAGCAAUAGAGGUUGCACACACUGUCCCCUUUACUGAGAUUCUGGGUUGUGAAGUAAAUCUAUUAAUUCAUCCUGCAGACAUUUGGACUAUAUUGCUUGCUUCUAAACAUUGAAUACAUCAAGAAAAAAAAUCUGUGUUGAACCGGGGAUUAAAAACUUGAUAAGGAGAAAAUAA